AUGUCCGUGCUGAACCCGCGCAAAAUCGGUCCAUUCAAGGUCAAGAGAAGGGUCGGCAAAGUGGCGUUUGAGCUAGAGUUACCAGAACACAUCAAGAUUCAUCCGACGAUUUCUUGCGUGCAUCUGAAGCCUGCGCUCCCAGACGAAUAUCGGCGCCACCAGCCUCCACCCCCGAUCGAAGUCGACGGUGAGGAACGUUUCAUCAUCGCCGCAUCCUGCGGAAGGAAAGACGGCGGCACACUGGUUCCAAGGAGUACGGUAUCUUCUACAAGAUUCGAUGGAAAGGUUACGGAUCAAAUGAGGACUCAUGGAUUGAGCAACAGGAACUACGCUCGCAAGUCCCUGCUCUGGUCGACACUUUUGACGGUAGAGCAACCAAAUGCAAACGGUGACUGCUGGGUAGCUUACGCUGCGCUGGCUCCAACAUCAGUCAAGUCAUUCGUAUCUCAAAUGGUAGAUCGGCAAGCUCUCGAGCCCCUUUUUAUCGAGUACGUAUUCAAUACAGCAUCAACAAUCACAACAAUCAACAUCAAUAUACAACAAGUCACACGAUGA